CAGCCUAUUCAUUGUGCAAACCUCGUGAAGACCACUUUGGCGUCACCGUGUCCAGCUAGCUUUCCCGCUCCACGAGAAGCGCGCGGGACAGUUGCUCGGCAACUCUGACGCAAGCUUGACGUUAAUUAAGUGUGUUUUAGUUCAUUAUGGCAGGAGAAGAUUUACAGGCGAGUUUGAGUUACAGAGGUUGUGUGGAUUAUUGCAUACCAGAUUUAUCCCCCGUUAACAAAAUAUGAGGAACAAAUCGUCUGUGCGCAGUUCUUAGGAAAGUAGCCUGGGUGCGCGCACUGUUCUACAACGGUCGAGGAUUCAAACAACAUAGGUGGAUGUAUUGAACUGUAGAUUUUCUGUGAAGGUUUAUCCAGUCACUGGGUGCCUCUGCACCAUGGUGGUUUUAUCCGAUGGCUCUCCCCUGAGCCARCCAUGCCCCGGGGGGCCGGUUCAGGUCGGUUUCUACGAGAUCAUCAGGACGCUGGGGAAGGGAAACUUCGCUGUAGUUAAACUGGCUUGUCACAAAGUCACAAAAACCCAGGUGGCCAUUAAAAUCAUUGAUAAGAAGAGACUGGAGCCCUCUGACCUGAAGAAGAUCUACAGAGAGGUCGAGGUGAUGAAGCUCCUCAACCAUCCGCACAUUAUCAAGCUCUAUCAGGUCAUGGAAACUAAGGACAUGUUGUACAUGGUGAUGGAGUAUGCCAGGAACGGAGAGAUGUUUGACUACCUGUUAUCGUUGGGGCGGCUGAGUGAGAGUGAGGCUCGCAGGAAGUUCUGUCAGAUCCUGUCAGCGGUGGACUACUGCCACAGCAACCACAUCGUCCACAGAGACCUGAAGGCUGAGAACCUUCUGCUGGACUCCAACAUGGACAUCAAAGUAGCAGACUUUGGUUUUGGGAACUUUUUCAGUGAAGGACAAUUUCUGUCCACCUGGUGUGGGUCCCCUCCCUACGCCGCUCCAGAGGUGUUUGAGGGGAUUGAGUACGAGGGGCCUCCUCUAGACAUCUGGAGUCUGGGCGUGGUGCUGUACGUGUUGGUGUGUGGCGUCCUGCCCUUUGACGGCCCCUCCCUCCCCGCGCUCAGGCAGAGGGUCCGGGAGGGCCGCUUCAGAAUCCCCUUCUACAUGUCCCAAGACUGUGAGAACCUGGUGCGGAGGAUGUUAGUAAUUGCGCAAAGGAUAGGUGGCCGCGGAUCAAGAAGCCGGUGGAUGAAGUCGGACCCCGGACGGCGCCCCAGAGACGCCCAGCGACCCUGCACUGAAUGGCAGAGCCUGUCUGGGAUUAGCGAGCCGGUCUUGGCCUCAUGCAGACUGGGCAUCGAUCGGCAGAGGACCAUUGAGAGCGCAGCUAACACACUUUCUGCUAUCUACGUCUCAUCUGGAGAAGGUGAAAAGGCUCGCGUCCCCAGACUGCCACAGCACGAAAAGGUGACCCAACCUGAACAGACUCUGUACAACUGCAUUAGUGAUAGGAUCACCAUGGAAACCAGGGGGAGGAAGCCACAGGAAGAGGAGCUCAACGAGGAGGGAGGGGCAGCACACUUCUCUUAG